GCGGCCGUCGAGUGGAGUGUUUGUUGUGCUUUUGGACUACAGCAACAAACUUUGACGUUAUCCACGCGAUAAAAUGGAGCAAGAAACAAGGAAAGGGUUUUCACAUCGAUUACAUCAACUGGACUUGGAGCAAAUUGAAAUACGUUAUGAAGCUGGAAAGAAGUACAGCGAGCAGUAUGUCAUGGAAAAAAAACUUGCAAAAUUAAAACAACGGAGAGAUGAAUUGAAAAAGCUGCUGCAGAUAAAACCUAAACAGGUUCUGCAAGAUUUUGCAAAGAAGAAACCUCCAAGGAGUCCUAAGAAAAGUCCAAAUGAAACAGUUGCAAAAGUUAUGAGAUCUGUAACACGAAGGAGACUGCAGGAACAAUGUAAAGCAUAUAGACUAACAGGUACAGUUUCACUCAAAGAGCAUUUUUAG